ACGAAGAUAACUUUUAUUGAAAAAAUAUUUUCAAAACGUUUCAAUAAUCUUUGAUCCGCUCACUAAUUGAAUACACGUGAUUUUGUGUGUAUGAGAAAUAAGGAUGCAUUAAACAUAAACGGAAACACACACUUAACGAAUAAAUAUAUGUAUGAUAUAUGUUUCUAAAUAUAAGUCGGUCAACAUUCACUCAUUGAAUGACUGAGAUGGUAAAAUAAUAACAGUCACAAUGGCGUCUUUGUGAGCAUCAGCUGAUGUUUACAUCGUGUAGUUUACAGUCAUACCGUUGCUCAGAGAAGCAUUCACUUUUGUGGAUUUGGAUGUAUGUAAACUUUCCACACAAUGUCAGAUAACACAAGUUAUUGCAGUGGGAAUGCUACAGAACAUGAUCACCAGUUUACGGUUACAUCAGGGCUUUAUAUUGCUCUUGGAGUUAUUGGGAAUCUAGCGGCCAUUGUUGUGUUGGUUAAACAAUCAAAGUUUCACAAUUGGAAAGUUUUUUACCGACUAGCUCUGUCGCUCGUCAGUGUUGACCUGUUAGGGGUCUUGAUGUUUGGCAGUAUCAGUGUGAAAGAAAACUCGACGUCAAAAUGGGAUGGUGGAUAUAAUCUCUGUGUAGCAGAAUCCAUCAUCAUAAUUUUCAUUUCGUUGACAAAUCUACUAACAGUGGCAGUCAUAUCUCUGGAGAGAUUUCUAGCUCUAUGGCAUCCAUAUUUUUAUUCCUCGCUGAAAAACCAUCCAAUUAUAAAGUUGAUCCCGGUAGUCAUUUUGAGCAUGGCCGUUGUCAUGGCAAUCCUUCCAGCGAUAAGCAUUGGACAUUUUGAAAGAAUAUAUCCUUGCGACUUCUGUUUCAUUAACAUCUAUGACAGUGAAUUGAGAAACUUUAUUUACGCUUUACUGUACAGCAUUUUCGGACUCAUUUGCAUCACAAUUGCCAUCGUGUUCAACGUUUUGGUGGUUACUGCUUUGUCUCGUGGUCAACGAGGUUACUCGAGACAACGCGAGAGUCGCAUUUACAUCAGUUACGACAGACGGGAUUACUUUGGAAUGAUGUUUCAGUUGUUGGCCCUCAUUGCAGAGUUAGCUGUGUGUUGGGGUUCAGUAAUGAUUAAAAGCAUUAUCACAAUGCUUUCAAAAGAAAAUGACGAAGAUACGCAGAAGGAUAACUAUUUAUUUUUCCGUUUCGCUGCUUGGGUCCUGGUUUUGGAUCCAUGGAUCUACGUCCUCUUAAGACGAGAAAUCAUCAGCAGUGUCUGUGCAUUCUGCACACGACAAGAACGCCCCCAUCUGACGUCAUCAGAGGACAAGAUGGAGGAAAAGUCCUUGCAAAACAAUCAGUAUAAAACAAGUUAUGGAACGAUAUGAUUGUGUAACAGAUUUUACGAGUCAUUCUCUGUAAGCAUCAAAAUUUCCUUAAUACUGCUGGAUAUGACCAUAGCUGGCUAUAACCAUAACUGGAUAUCACCGGUUUUGCUGAAAUGUGAUUUGAUACCGUCUUAUAGAAUUUGGCACCAAAAUUCGUAAUUCAGGUGCCGUUGCCAUGUUAACAAGAACACAUUGAAAAUGGCACCCAAGAUGCUUUAAAAUGUCCUAUUUUUGCCUUGCUUUUUAUGAUUAAAGAACACAUUAAUUUUUUUCUGGUAUACAGAUGCCUUUAUUGCUUUAUUAGGUUCAGUAUAACAAAUAGAUAAUAAAAUAUCACUAAAUCAAGAUUGGAUAAUCAAUUGUUUCUGAAGUUUAAAAAUCAAUGUUUUUGGCAUAUUGGGGGAAAAUCAAUUUAAGGUCAUUUUAUGGCAUCAUUUACAGAAAAAUGCAACAGAUAAAAGUUAUAUUUGUUUUAAUUCAUAUCUUUAUGUACAAGAUAUAUAAUAAAAACAACAGAUGUCUUA